AUGUGCUGUAAGCUCCGGCCGCAUCGGUGUGAUAUCAGGCGAUGGGUCCAAAUCCUUUACAUUGUCUUCCUCUGGAAUCAAGCGCAAAAGUUAAUUCUCGAUCGGCAUAUGGUGGUGGAUUAUCUCACUCCUCAAUUGAACGACGAGAUCGCGAAAGGCGAGAAAGAACGUCAGUUCCUUUCAUUUUUUUCUGGCCGGGCAUCUUCAUCACAACAGCAAAAUCAGCAUCAGCAACAACAGCAUCAGCAACAACAGCAUCACCAGCAACAACAUCACCAUCAGCAACAACAGCAGCCGCAUCAUCAUCAUCAACAGCAACAACAGCAGCAUCAUCAACAGCAACAAAGACACUCACCUCGACGAGAAAGCGAAGAACGGCGAGUACGGAAACGGCGAUGGGAGGAACGCGAUGAUGAGGAUCGUUAUCAGUAUCGUGGCGAGGAGAGGCCAAGGCCAUUGCGGGAUGCCAUUGCACCAGCCGUUGCAGCACCGCUGCCAGUUAUAAACGUACCUGUAGAAGCACCAGCAGUGAGACCAGCUGCUGCUGAUCAACCGCUUACGCUGCAGCAACGUAUCGACAAACUCAUCAACCUGACGGAAAGUCAGAGACGUGAUAACAUCGGCUAG